AUGCAUGGCUUAGUCGCUUUUCACAAGAGUCUUUUGUCCGACGACGUGGAAAGAACUGUGCACGCACUGGGCGUCCUCUGGAAGGAGAUCGGCGUCCCGGACGACGAAGUCCUCCGUCGCCACCACAAGCUUAGGGACUGCAUAGUGCAGGCGCUUGGAGACAUCCUCGCAGGGGAGGUGGAGAUACGAGACCGGUUGCUGAAGAGCAUCUCGGACACUGAAGCCCAUGUCGCCGUGCUGACACGCGAGCUUCAGGUCCAUGCAGAAAAGCCAGAUGAGGAGCUGCCCCUCCUGGACACGGAACAAUUCCUGGGCGCCCAGGUGCGCGAGCUGACUGCCCUGCAGGUGUCCAGGCGGAGGAAGCUGAAGGACCUGUUGGGGCAGGAGCGUCGCCUCUGCACCCAUUUGGCAGUGCCCCCGUACCGGCUGGACGUCGAGAUGCCCACUGAGAGAGAGCUGCACGAGCUGGGGCUACACGUGCAGAUGCUGAAGGACGUGGAGGGGCGGCGGGCAACCCAAUUGCACAGCAUGCGUUCCGAGGUGCUGGCAUUGUUGGAGGAACUCUCCGAAACUCCGCAAAGUUCCUUCCAGUGUGAGCUCAUUGACAGCACACCAGCCACCUUCAGGCUCUCAGCAAGCAACCUGUCUGCUGUGGAUGACUACUUGCGAGUCCUGAAGUCCCUGCAUGCCGCACGGGUUGCCGAGUACGUGCAGCUGUACGCGAGACUCUGCCAGCUCUGGAUGUGGCUGGCUGUGCCACAGGAGCGGCAGAGGGCUUUCACCUCAAAGCACUCUGGCCUGGGUGAAGACACCAUCGAAGCGCUAAAGAGCGAGCUGGCCAGCUAUGAAGCUUUAAAGCGGGAGCUCAUUCAGGCGCGCCAGCGCGUCAUCAAUGUACGCGACGUGCCGCUUUCCGGAGAGCAAGCCUUGUCUGCAAAGGACGUGGGAGACCGGAGACUUCACGGAGGAGUGCCUGCGGAUCUUCGAGGUGGAGCUUGGUGUGGUCAAGAGGUUCCACGACCAGAAUGCGGCCACCUUGGGGAAGGUAGAGCGCCGCAACGUCCUCAAGGGUCGCCUCCUGGAGUUGGAGGGCAGGAUGAGGGACCCGGGCCGCUACAACAACCACGGGGGACGGCUUCUUCUUCAGGAAUGGGAGCGCAAGUUCCUGGAGAAGCUACCCCGGGUGCCGCGUCGCAACAUGUCUAGACCCACCAGGAGUGCCAGGAGGGCUCCUUUCCCCGCAGCCCACACGUCC